CGAGGAGUUGUGCAGGGCCCGUGAGCGUACAGCUACAAGCUGCCUUGCGAGCACCUGGCCGAUACGAAGAGACAUGGUUUGGUAGCACAGCCACUCGUUCGCGAUGUACAAACUUGUUGCUCAGGACCAUGACUGAACUCCUCGAUUCUCUUCCGUACUAUGACAACGACGUAGAACGAUAUCCUGGGCUGAAAGAAAAAGUUGAUCGUGAACUGGCGCGUCAACCAAAGCCGCCAACGGAAUUACAUCCACGCGUCCCGCCAGAAUACAAACUGUUCGCCAAACAUCCUUUACUCCAAGCGGAGCUCGAGCGCGUUGAGGCACAUCAAGAAUUUCCUCGACUCGAUGCGCUCCGUUACCAGCUGCCUGCGCCGUCAGCUCCAGGGACAGAUGAAGAAUGGCAGGCGGCGCUCGACAAUGCGAAUGCUCAAUUGGAGCAUCAGCGAAUGCGACAAACGAAUCUGACGUUACUCCAAACGUAUGGGUCUAAUGCAUGGAGAAUUCAUAAUUAUCUCCUCGAGUCGACGGUAAAACAGACGGAGCAGGCGCUUGAGGACUUGAAGCUACUAACCGUGGACGUAAAUCGGGAGCGUAAAAACACGCAGACCAAACUCGGCGCACAGUUGACCAGCCUCGAAACAAGAUGGACAGAGCUGAUUUCGAAUGUCCUUCAGAUUGAACUGGCUAAUGUAGCACUGGAUGCGGAAGUGAACGCAUUGAAUGCUCGAGAAUCGGAGUUGGCAGAGUUGACGAAGUAGGGUAGACGAACAUUAUCUCGAGUGUAUGCACGACUUGUAUCAGGGUGUGGUUCAAGACCAACCCAAAUUUAUAUACGCUUGUGUUUGGCAACCUCCGUUGCAGCACCUUCCAGUGUCGCUACU